AUUAACAUGUCGACCAGCGAUGGGGCCACGGAAAGCAAAAAACUUCGCACGGACAGCAGCAGCAAUGGAAGUAAAGAGCAGAAUGGAAAUUCGGCAGGUUCCGGAGACGCAGGUGGACCCCGUGAUAAAGUAGCGCUGAUAACCGGCAUAACGGGCCAGGAUGGAUCCUAUUUGGCGGAGUUUCUACUCAAAAAGGACUACGAAGUGCACGGUAUUAUACGGCGGGCUAGCACUUUUAACACCACCCGUAUUGAACACUUGUAUGCGGAUCCCAAGGCGCACAAGGGGGGUCGAAUGAAGCUCCACUAUGGCGACAUGACCGACAGCAGUAGCCUGGUGAAGAUCAUCAACACGGUGAAACCGACAGAAAUCUACAAUUUGGCAGCACAAUCGCAUGUAAAGGUAUCCUUUGACUUGAGCGAAUAUACGGCGGAAGUAGACGCCGUGGGUACAUUGCGAAUUCUGGAUGCCAUUCGUACUUGUGGCAUGGAGAAGAACGUUAGGUUCUACCAGGCCUCCACGUCAGAGUUGUACGGCAAAGUUGUGGAGACGCCCCAGAACGAACAAACGCCCUUUUAUCCAAGGUCUCCUUAUGCUUGCGCAAAGAUGUAUGGGUUUUGGAUCGUUAUUAACUACCGUGAGGCCUACAACAUGUAUGCCUGUAAUGGCAUCCUCUUCAACCACGAAAGCCCGCGACGUGGAGAGAACUUUGUCACUAGAAAAAUUACUCGAAGCGUUGCUAAAAUUUUACUCAACCAAAUGGAGUAUUUUGAGCUGGGAAAUCUAGACUCUAAGCGCGACUGGGGACAUGCUAGCGAUUACGUAGAGGCCAUGUGGAUGAUGUUGCAGCGUGAUUCGCCCUCUGACUAUGUUAUCGCCACUGGAGAAACGCACAGUGUGCGCGAGUUUGUGGAAGCGGCGUUCAAACAUAUUGGACGCGAGAUAUCGUGGCAGGGAAAGGGUGUAGAUGAAGUGGGCAUAGAGGCCAGCACCGGCAUUGUUCGUGUGCGUAUUAAUCCAAAGUAUUUCCGCCCCACUGAGGUGGAUCUUUUGCUUGGUGACGCGUCAAAGGCCAAGCGGGAGCUCAACUGGACGCCCAAGGUGAGCUUCUCAGAAUUGGUCAAGGACAUGAUGCAGGCCGACAUCGAGCUAAUGAAAAAGAACCCCAUUGCAUAGGGAAUGCCUGCCAGAAUGGUGACAAAAACGGCACAAAGCUCUCUUACCGCUUCCAGAGCUAUCAUUUAAAUAUAGUCGUAAGCCUUUAAAGUGGACCUGGAUCUGGAUUCCAUCGUGUGUGUAUGUAUUGUAUGUGUAUUUCUGUAUUAUCUGGGAUUUUGCAAUCAUUCCUUUUCUACUUUGAGCGUACGUUUUCAGUGUAAUCUUAAUUGUUUUUAUAAAAAUUCACCAUUCUAACGAAUAUUUUCAAUAAA